ACCGGCCAAUCAGCAGCAGUCUUCAAACUUGACGUCAGUUUCCUGGUUUGGUUGCACUGCACUGUACCCAUGUGGGUUUGGUGUUGACGUGCUGCAUUAGAAAGUUGAGGAGCUAACUAUCUACAUUGAUCAAUUACUUUGUUGCGUUUCACCAUGUCUUCGCCUUUCUUUAUAAAGGCAAAAGAAAACCCCAAAUUUGCAAAAAAAGGGAAAACGGCAACAGGGCUAAAACGAAAGGGUGAUGGAGACUCAGGAGGAAAGGGAAAACUAAGAGGCAAGAAACCUAACUCCAAACACAACGAAGAAAUUUCCAGCGACUCCGAAACAGAGAGCCCUGUAGUGCCCAGGAAGAGACAGAUUAUUGAAAAGGAGGAUUAUGAUGAAACACCACAGGAGAAGAAACUUAGAUUAGCCAAACUUUACCUAAACCAGCUAAAGGAAGAAGAGGAUGACAAAGCAGAAGAAGACUCCUUUGAGACUGAUCUGGUUGCUGGAAGACUUCAGGAUGAAGUGCUUGAACAAAAAGGAAAGCUUCAGCGACUUAUUGCCAAAGAUCUCAUGCCACCCGAUGCUUCAGAGAUCCGAGUGUUGAGAGGACACAAACUUCCCAUUACCUGUCUUGUCAUUAGCUCUGAUGACAAGUGCAUCUUUUCUGCUGCCAAAGACUGCUCCAUUAUUAAAUGGGAUAUUGAGAGUGGAAAGAAACUGCACACGAUACCUGGUGGAAGGAAAGGUACAGAGGACCGUCAUGUUGGACAUACAGCCCAUAUCCUGUGUAUGGCCAUAUCAUCAGAUGGGAAAUACUUGGCCACUGGAGACAUGAACAAACUGAUUAUGAUCUGGGAAGCAAAAACAUGUAAACAUCUAUACAAAUUCACCGGACACAAAGGCCCUGUGUCGGGUCUUUCGUUCAGGAAGGGAACUCAUGAUCUGUACAGCGCCUCUCACGAUCGCUCGGUAAAGGUGUGGAAUGUGGACGAGAAUGCAUAUGUGGAGACUCUCUUUGGGCAUCAGGACGCCAUCACAGGCCUGGACUGCCUGAGCCGUGAGUGCUGUGUGACGGCAGGAGGAAGGGACCGCUCGGUGAGGGUGUGGAAGAUAGCCGAGGAAUCUCAGCUGGUGUUCCACGGACACGAGGGAUCCAUUGAUUGUAUCCAGCUCAUAAACGAGGAGCACAUGGUAUCAGGAGCCGACGACGGCUCUGUGUGUCUGUGGAGUGUCAACAAGAAGAAGCCUCUCAGCACAGUGAAGCAGGCUCACGGUCGCCAUGGUGACGCGGGGAUGGAGCAGCCUCAUUGGGUCGCUUCGGUGGCGGCGCUUCAGAACUCGGAUACCGUCGCCUCAGGUGCCUCCAGCUGCUCACACAACUCCAAGGUGCAGCUGUGGAAGUGUGGCCAGAAUUACCGUAAACUGGAGCCUCUAUUCAGUGUACCAGUGUGUGGUUUUGUCAACAGUCUGAAGUUUUCCAGCUCUGGUCAGUUCUUGGUGGCAGGAGUCGGACAGGAGCACAGGUUGGGCCGAUGGUGGAGACUAAAAGAGGCAAAGAAUGGGAUCUAUAUUAUUCCUCUUAAAAGGAAACCUCCAAUUCCAGAGGAAGUUAAGAUAGCGGAAUAGUGGACUGUUAAGUGACUCUUAUUUUUUAAAUUAAAGGUAUAAAAAACCGACUGUUUUUGUAUAUCCUCCUUGAGAAACAACAUUCUUAAAUCCACAGAGAUUGUUUAUACAGGUGUUUGCUGUUGGUCUUUCAUGUGAUCUUAGUUUUGGGAGGAGCUUUAACAGCAUGGACAACACCCUGCGCCACCAGCCAGUUCACCGUGCUGCUAUCGUGACUCAGAUACAGAGGUGUCCGCUGUCAUACCACCAGACUACAGAGCAGCUUUUCUCCUCCGGCUGUGACAAUGUGACAAAAAACAGCUUUUUGCUUUUUUUUUUUUUUUCGUUAGCAAAAUGUAACUGCCUUUUGUUGCACAAUCCUUUGUUAUACAAUGAAAAUAAAUAAUCGCUUGUA